GAGAAGGGAGUCAGAAGGCACGGAGCUGGAGGGACAAAGUCGCCAGCGAUGACAGCCCAGGGGCUCACGCCCUCGCCGCUGCUCCUGCUGCAGCUGGUCGCGGGCGCUGCCGGCGCUGGGGGCGCCCGGUGGCGCGGGGAGGGCACCACACCACACCAACAGAGCAUCAUCCUGGGCCGAUGCGCGGAGUACGUCGCCCUCCUGAAUCCAGACCAGCGGGACAAGAACUGCACAGCUAUCUGGGAAGCCUUUAAAGUGGUGCUGGACAAGGAGCCCUUCGUAUUUCCCUCCGACUACGACCUUUUCAUUAACCUCUCCAGACAUUCCAUUCCCAGAGACAAGUCCCUGUUCUGGGAAAACAACCACCUCCUUGUCACUAGCUAUUCAGAGAAUGCCCAUCGCUUGAUACCUCUGUGCAAUGUUCUGUACAGGACGAUUGGUGAUUUUCUGAGCUGGUGUCGACAGGAAAAUGCCUCCGGACUUGAUUACCAGUCCUGCCCUCCAUCAGAAGAUUGUGAAAACAACCUGGAUUCUUUCUGGAAAAGGGCGUCUGUGCAGUAUUCAAAGGACAGUUCUGGGGUGAUCUAUGUCAUGCUGAAUAGUUCAAAGCCAUCAGGAGCCUAUCCUGUUAAAGGUUUUUUUACAGAUUUUGAAAUUCCCUAUUUCCAGAAGGAUAAAACCACACGAAUUGAGAUCUGGGUUAUGCAUGAAAUCAGAAGACCGGAAGUGGAGUCCUGUGGAGAAGGCACUGUGAAAAUCCUGGAAGAGAGACUGAAGAAAAUGGGUUUUCAGUACAGCUAUAUUAACGAUCACCUACCAGUGAAGCUCUUCAAGUGCGUGGACCACAGCACCCAUCCUGACUGUGCUUUGAAUUCGGCAGCAGCAUCUACUCAAAGAGAAGUCCCACCUCUCUGGGCAGAACAUGGUGCCAGCCAUAUCAUUCCUUUCUUAGAAGGAAUUCCAGUGGCUCUGGCUUCAGCUGUUCAAAUGUCACUGGAAACUCCUCUGUGCAGCCCUAACCACCCACCAGCCCUGCAGCCUGCCCUUUGCACAUUCAUCAUUCUUGUUCUGUGCAUACCAGGUGAUUCCACUGUCUAAUGAAGCUUCCUGCUGGGAAAACAAUGUCCUGAGAGGAGUUUUCAAUGAUACACAUGCUCCAGAUUUCAGAGACAAGAAAUUCAUCUAGUCCUGUUGAACAGGUUAAAAUUGCCGCAUUAGAAUUAAAGCGAGUUAUUAGCUUCUUAUUUCAUAAUGGUACAAAGCAUUGAGAUCCAGACUAUUGAUGUAUAAAAAAUAUUUUUAGGAAAUUCUAACAGAACUAAAUUCUGUAUUUUUUCUGUAUUUUCCUUUAUCCUCAGCGGGGCACACUGCAUGCUUAUUGAUAGCUUAAGAUAUAUAUACACUAUAUAAAUGUAUACAUAUAUAUUGGCAUGCAAAGAUUUACAUAUAAAGAUGUUCAUUUAGGAGCACCUGGGUGGCUCGGUCAGUUAAAUGUCUGACUUUGGCUCCAGUCAUGAUCUUGGGGUCCUGGGAUUGAGCCCCGCCUCAGGCUACCUGCUCAGAGGGGAGUCUGCUUC